GUUAAGUGAAUUUUCAGUUCAGUGGCAAAUAAAAUACACAUAAAAUUUUUAUAAAUGGCGUUUUUUCGCGACACUGUAGUUUAACUUGUUCUCCAAAAAAAUUCGUUUUCACCGCAUUUGCAUAUUUUAGAAAUCCUACUCCACAAUGGCGGGUGGAGCAGCAUCUGGGGCAAAAGUGAUACAAGUCACCAACAUUGCCCCACAAGCCACCAAGGACCAAAUGCAAACACUCUUCGGUAAUAUUGGUAAAAUCGAAGAAAUUCGUCUCUAUCCAACCGUUCGAGAUGUCUCAUGUCCCGUUCAAUCUCGCAUUUGCUAUGUCAAAUACAUUGAAAACUCAUGCGUCCCUGUCGCUCAACACCUAACCAAUACGGUCUUUAUUGAUCGCGCUUUAAUUGUCAUCCCUGUCUUAUCGAUACCCGAAGAAUAUCGUGCUUUGGAAAUGUCUAAAAAUGGCACAAUUGUACCAGGAUUGCAGAAACCCGAUUCGAAAUUGCCACCCGAAGUUGUUAAUCGAAUUGAAGGUCAAUCACCGCAGCAGGUUAUUCGAACUUAUGAUCCCAAAUUGACUGAGAACAAUUUGCCAGAGUAUCCAGCUCUGCCAUCAUUCUACGACUCGAGAAAGAUUGAAGAAAUCCGACGAACCAUAAUCGUUUGCGAUGUAAAGAACGAAUGGCGUCUGGAUGAUUUGAUGGAUUGUUUCUCUCGAGCUGGCGAGGUUAAAUACGCUCGUUGGGCCGAGAAAGAGUCCAAAACUUACUGCAUGAUUGAAUUCUGCGAACAGCAGAGUAUCAUUCAUGCCUUACGCAUGCAAGGACUUGAAUUCAAAGGUGGUUAUUUGAGUGUCUACCAUGCAACUGAUUCGAUCUCUAAGCCAGAAGCUAAAAGCAAUGAAGCAGCUCAAGCUGAGAUCGAAGAAGCUAUGACAAUUGUCAAAGAAGCUCAAAGUAUGAUCUCGGCGGCAAUAGAUCCGGUGAUUGGGAUGUUGGCUAAGGACAAGCGCCGGCGUUCGAGAUCGCGAUCUCGUUCAAGAGAUCGACGAGCUUCGCGCUCACGCUCGCACCGUUCGCGGUCGAGACGUAGGUCGCGCUCGCGAACGAGAUCGAAACGAUCGCGCAGCAAGUCGAAACGAUCACGCUCUCGUUCGAGGCGUUCGCAUUCUCGCAAACGUUCGAGGUCCCGCAAGCGAUCGCGAUCUCGUCGGAAGAGUCGCUCUCGCUCGCGGUCGAAACGUUCGAGAUCGCGUGAUCGUCGCAAGCGAUCUCGAUCCCGUCGCCGUAGCGCUUCACGAACAUCCCGAUCACGGCGAUCUAGAUCGCGUAAUGCGAAACGAUCACGUUCGCGUGAUCGUAAGAGGUCGCAUCGUACAAGAGAUGAGAAGAGGAGGACAACUAGGUCACCGAGUAAGAGACGUUCGCCAUCGCGAACUACUUCGAGUCGAACUAAGGAUGUUUCGGUGUCCAAGUCGAUUUCGUCGAAGAGACGGUCACGUUCACCAGAUUCGCGCAAAUUGAAGAAAAUUGUUGAAGAUACUGUAGUUCAAAGGGACUAUGAUGCGGAGGAGAAGAUUGGACAGCGUUCGAGCACUGACAAGGCCAGGAAAUCGGCCAGUGUGGAGAAGUCUGAUAAUAUGGAUAUUUCUAAUUCUCCAUAGAUUGAUUGACUAUAUAGUGGCUCUUAUUGCACUAUAAUAUUAAUUACCGUAAGAUAAGAUACAAAAAAAAAAACAUAAAAUACAAAAAUGAAUUACUAAUUUUCUUUUUUUUUCUUCUCAACAAAAAAAUAAAGGAUGUCUACCAAGACAUUGUUUGAAAAC